CAAGGGAAGGGCAGGGAACGGGUUAGGCUGCGCCGGCUGAAAAGCGCCGCCUGCCUGCAGAAGGGGCGUCAGUCAGCGCUGCCGGGCUAGGAGUUGGGAAGCCGCUGCGGGAGAGGCUCGGCGUCCGCGGAGACUUCUUUAAGGAAGCUGGGUAGGGUGGAGGAGAAAAGAAGAAGAUAAAUUGCAAUCUAUACACAGUUUUGUUCCAAACCUGGGGGGAACUGCCCGCUUUUCACUCGCAGAAGUUACAUAAAUAUAUUGCUUCUCCUUUGCACCGUCGUGGGAACCUGAGCAACCAUGCCUGUCUUCCACACCCGCACGAUCGAGAGUAUCCUGGAGCCGGUGGCGCAGCAGAUCUCCCACCUGGUCAUCAUGCACGAAGAGGGCGAGGUGGACGGCAAGGCCAUCCCGGAUCUCACCGCUCCCGUGGCCGCCGUGCAAGCCGCCGUGAGCAACCUGGUCCGGGUUGGAAAAGAAACCGUACAGACAACGGAAGACCAGAUUUUGAAGAGAGACAUGCCUCCUGCGUUCAUUAAGGUGGAAAAUGCUUGCACAAAGCUUGUACAGGCCGCGCAGAUGCUCCAAACGGACCCUUACUCAGUACCUGCUCGUGAUUACCUCAUUGACGGAUCAAGAGGAAUCCUUUCUGGAACAUCGGACUUGCUUCUGACAUUCGAUGAGGCCGAGGUCCGUAAAAUCAUUCGUGUCUGCAAAGGAAUUCUGGAAUACCUAACAGUGGCAGAGGUGGUGGAAACUAUGGAGGACCUGGUCACGUACACAAAGAACCUAGGGCCAGGGAUGACCAAGAUGGCCAAAAUGAUUGAUGAGCGGCAGCAAGAGUUGACUCACCAGGAACACAGAGUCAUGUUGGUGAACUCCAUGAACACCGUGAAGGAGCUACUGCCGGUUCUUAUUUCUGCUAUGAAGAUUUUUGUAACAACGAAAAAUUCCAAAAGCCAAGGAGUAGAGGAGGCCUUGAAAAACCGCAACUUUACAGUGGAGAAGAUGAGUGGGGAAAUAAAUGAAAUCAUCCGUGUUCUGCAACUCACGUCCUGGGAUGAAGAUGCUUGGGCUAGCAAGGAUACAGAAGCUAUGAAGAGAGCAUUGGCCUUAAUAGAUUCCAAGUUGAACCAAGCCAAGGGCUGGCUUAGAGACCCCAGCGCUCCAGCAGGAGACUCUGGCGAGCAAGCCAUAAGGCAGAUCCUGGAUGAAGCAGGAAAAGUUGGAGAGCUCUGUGCAGGCAAAGAACGCAGAGAGAUUCUAGGAACCUGUAAAAUGCUUGGCCAAUUGACUGACCAAGUGGCUGAUCUUCGAGCUAGAGGACAAGGUGCUACACCGCUGGCCUUGCAGAAGGCCCAGCAAGUGUCCCAAGGCUUGGAUUUACUCACAGCAAAAGUGGAAAAUGCAGCUCGCAAGCUGGAGGCUAUGACCAACUCCAAGCAGGCCAUUGCAAAGAAAAUCGAUGCAGCUCAGAGCUGGCUGGCAGAUCCUCAUGGGGGAAGCGAAGGAGAGGAACAUGUUCGAGGCAUUAUGGCUGAAGCCAGGAAAAUUGCAGAGCUCUGCGAGGACCCCAAAGAGCGAGACGACAUUUUGCGGUCCCUUGGAGAAAUCUCGGCGCUGACUGCUAAGUUGUCGGACCUCCGGAAACAUGGAAAGGGGGAUUCUCCCGAAGCCCGUGCAUUAGCAAAGCAAAUAGCGACGUCGCUGCAGAAUUUGCAGUCUAAAACCAACAGGGCUGUUGCAAACAGCAGACCUGCCAAGGCUGCUGUCCAUCUAGAAGGGAAGAUUGAGCAAGCUCAGAGAUGGAUAGACAACCCUACAGUUGAUGACCGUGGAGUAGGUCAGGCUGCCAUCCGGGGUCUUGUGGCCGAAGGUCGCCGUCUUGCCAAUGUCAUGCUGGGACCUUAUCGCCAGGACCUGCUCGCCAAAUGUGACCGUGUGGAACAACUGGCUGCCCAGUUAGCUGACCUGGCAGCACGAGGCGAAGGGGAAUCUCCUCAAGCCAAGGCAAUUGCUGCUCAGCUGCAGGACUCGUUGAAGGAUCUUAAAUCAAGGAUGCAAGAAGCCAUGACCCAGGAAGUAUCUGAUGUGUUCAGCGACACGACGACGCCAAUUAAACUGCUGGCAGUCGCGGCUACUGCUCCUCCAGACGCCCCCAACAGGGACGAGGUGUUUGAUGACAGGGCAGCCAAUUUUGAAAACCAUGCUGCCAGGCUUGGAGCUACUGCGGAAAAGGCCGCUGCGGUUGGAACAGCCAACAAAAGUACUGUCGAAGGCAUACAAGCCAGUGUGAAGUCCGCAAGAGAGCUCACCCCUCAGGUAGUAUCUGCCGCUCGCAUCCUUCUAAGGAAUCCUGGAAAUCAAGCUGCUUAUGAGCACUUUGAGACCAUGAAGAACCAGUGGAUUGAUAAUGUGGAAAAAAUGACAGGGAUGGUGGAUGAAGCAAUUGAUACCAAGUCUCUGUUGGAUGCUUCCGAGGAGGCCAUUAAGAAGGACCUGGACAAGUGCAAAGUCGCGAUGGCCAACAUUCAGCCGCAGAUGCUUGUCGCCGGGGCCACCAGCAUUGCCCGGCGAGCAAACCGGAUUUUGUUGGUGGCAAAGAAGGAGGUGGAAAACUCAGAGGACCCCAAGUUUCGGGAAGCUGUGAAAGCUGCCUCUGAUGACCUGAGCAAAACCAUUUCGCCAAUGGUGAUGGAUGCGAAAGCUGUGGCAGGCAACAUUUCUGAUCCCGGUUUGCAGAAGAAUUUCCUUGAUUCCGGCUACAGGAUCCUGGGAGCUGUGGCCAAAGUCCGAGAAGCUUUCCAGCCGCAGGAACCAGACUUCCCCCCUCCGCCUCCUGAUCUUGAGCAACUUCACCUUACAGACGAACUUGCUCCUCCCAAGCCGCCGCUGCCAGAGGGCGAGGUUCCUCCCCCCAGGCCCCCUCCUCCUGAAGAGAAGGAUGAAGAGUUCCCAGAGCAGAAGGCUGGGGAGGUGCUCAACCAGCCCAUGAUGAUGGCUGCCAGGCAGCUCCACGAUGAAGCCAGAAAGUGGUCCAGCAAGCCUGAUGUGACUGAUGAGGUUAAGGAAGCCCCUGAGGCUGAUGUAGAUGUAGAUCAGGAGGAGGAGGAGGAGGAGGAGGAGGAAGCAGAUGUUGAAUUCACUCUCCCCUCUGACAUUGAAGAUGAUUACGAGCCUGAGCUGCUGUUAAUGCCAACCAACCAGCCCGUUAACCAGCCCAUUCUGGCCGCUGCUCAGUCUCUGCACCGGGAAGCCACCAAGUGGUCUAGUAAGGGCAACGACAUCAUCGCCGCCGCCAAACGGAUGGCCCUCCUCAUGGCCGAGAUGUCGCGCUUGGUAAGAGGUGGCAGCGGGAACAAGCGGGCUCUCAUCCAGUGUGCCAAGGAUAUCGCGAAAGCUUCUGAUGAAGUGACCAGGCUGGCCAAGGAGGUCGCGAAGCAGUGCACUGACAAGCGUAUCAGGACAAACCUUUUGCAGGUCUGCGAGAGAAUCCCAACCAUUAGCACGCAACUCAAAAUCCUCUCCACUGUCAAAGCCACCAUGUUGGGCCGCACUAACAUCAGCGAUGAGGAGUCUGAACAGGCCACGGAGAUGUUGGUUCACAACGCCCAGAACCUUAUGCAAUCUGUCAAGGAAACAGUUCGGGAAGCUGAGGCCGCCUCCAUCAAAAUAAGAACAGAUGCUGGAUUCACUCUACGCUGGGUCAGGAAAACUCCUUGGUACCAGUAGAGCGCUGCCUUCCCCCUAAGCAUAUUUCUUUUAUAGAAAACCCCCUUGUUGGGGCAAAGAGAAUUCUGUAAACAGCCAAAAGGUGCUUGAGCGAUUAAAAUUAGCCCCCUCCCCUAGAACUCCCUCUUUUAAGGGCUUUCAUAAGUGUGCUGAGCUACCUUUGGUAUCUAACCUCACCACAAUUAGCUUUCACAACAACGAGCUUCUCUCUUUGCUUUUGAGGGUUUUUUAUAUUUCCCGUUUUCAUGAACUCCGUAACCUCAGUUCCCCCUCCCUGUUCUGCAGCAUAUAUUCCAGUGGUUUUCUAGGAGAGGCAGUAUAUGCAGAUUUCACUUUAGCAUGGAUGAAAACUUGGGAAGCUGGUUUGCUUAGCUGUUUAUUGUGAGGGACAAUCAGAAGACAGAACAGUCCAGCACUUCAGUUUUCUGCUCCCUUUCCUCUAACUUUUUUAAAACCGGUGUGUUACCGAGUUUGUUUCAUUUCUUUCAAAGGUUUUCCCUUGCUCUAAGGGAAGAGGUGCUGUGUUCAAAAGCUGCUGUUGUUCUGCCCAAUAGGGAUCUCAAAGCCAUCAAAAUCUGGGAGCAGCUGCCACUAGUCAGUUCAACACUUUAUUGGUGCUGAAAUUGACCACAAAUAACCGUUCGGGGCAUUUAAUUGAGAGGGAGCAGGGAGAGAUUAUGCAGCAUCCCUUUACUCUUUGGUCAGGAACAAAACAGCUGGGAGAGUUUUAAAUUAUAUUUAAGUCUAUUCCCACUGGCAUGAGGCUAUGUCUUGCUUGUCCUCCCUGUCCUUUUUUAUUUUUAAUUAUACCCAUAGGACAAAAUUGUGUGUUUAUAUCAGGUUUCAUUAUGAUUGUCCUGCUUGCUUUAGCAGCGGAACAGUUCUUUCACUGUUCUAGCCAAUAACCAUUGGGAUGUGUUGGAGAAGGUACGAAAGCAGAACAUCUCCUAUGAGGUAACACAAAUAAGUAUCACUUUGGCCUUUUACACAGUGAAACACUCCUCAAAUCCAGUGCUCAUCAGUUGAAUAACCUGGCAAAUGGAACGGUCUCUUUCAACCAUGGUAGGGAAACUAGGAUGCUUAGUGCUGAAGCAGUAUGACUUUAUUCUUGUACUCUUCUGCAGUUGCGUAGCGCAGAUAAUUUAGGGCCCCGUGCAUCAGAGAUACCUCUCGCAGAAGCGCCAUUGACACUAAUGAAAGAGCAGCUCUUGUCUUUUUGCAGGCCAGUGUUCCUGCGCAAAUCACUAAUCCUACUUCUGAAUUGCUUGUGUAUUUGCAAAUAAAUUAUGUACUGAUGCUGCAGUGCCCCUAUGCUGUCACGCAACAGAAGUUCAUGCUCAGGAGACCUAUAAAGUUAGAAGUGCUAAGAGGCGGCACCUGUUUACUUGUUAAAAGUUUCUUUAAACUUAACUUCCGUGCCCCCUCUUUCUGGUGCAAUUUUAAAAGGAAAUUUAAAAACAAACAAACCCAGAAAUGACCUUUUAAUGACUUUUUUUCCAACUGUGUAGAGCAAGGGAAUUUGCUUGCCUACCCUUUCCUGAAUACUUUGUGACUGCGCGGUACUCAAAAUUGUCACAUAGGUUUCUGGCACUAAGUAGCCACAACCAGAAGAUGAAAGGGAACAUCACAGCCUUAGUCUGGAUGCCUUGUUGCCUUUGCUUGGCUUGCAGGAACUCAGCAGGAAGAGGAGACUUGGAAUGUCUUUUACCAAUAUAUAGUCCAGCCUUUUCAUCACGAGCUUUUAAAAUCAUCACCAUUUAAUAGCUUGACUUUGUAUUAAUGCAAUAUUACUAAUGCCUUUAAUUACAUGACGGUUUAUACCAAAGACUGCUUUUUGUUAAGGAAUGUUUGAAGGAAAGCUCUGACUCAUAUUUGCCUUGGAUAUUUCUUCAGAAUGUUUUACUAAGUUCUAAAGUCUUUUAUAGAAGUUAAUAUCCUCCACACUUUAUGCAAUUUAUGCUUUCCUGAACACUUGUUCAUCAGACCUAAGAUGAAGCAAACUUGAAUGUCAGUUAGGAGCAUUUUGCCACUAAAUACCUUUGUUUAUAAACCAGAAUUUUGUUGUAUAUGCUAAUAUUUUCAACCUUCUUUGUUCUGUUCAAACAAAAUAAAAUGCAUUUGUAUAAAAA